AUGGAGGAAGGGUCGAAUCUCUUUAAGCAUGUCAAUGUCUUUAAGAAAUUAGUUUACAAAGGGGGCAUUUGCAAAGGGGCUACUGGCGAUUUCCUCUUCACUUUCACAGCGGCCUACGGGUUCGAUUCCAACACUCGAGCAGUCUAUAACAGCCUUGCCGAUUGUAGGGCUAUGGGUUUCGUCAAUGUAGAUGUAGAAUCAGAUUUCAUAUUAGUGGUGAGACUCCUAAAUGGGUAUCUCAAGUCGAGCUGGAGUUGGAUGUAUUGGACACAGACGAUUGAUAAACUAAGUGUCGGUGGCCUGGUGAUGCUAAUGAAGGGUGCUGAGGAAGAACAUCGCUUAGCUCCAUUUCAUCUGGUUAGGGAAGUCCUCAAAGGUAGCGUUACAGUCUCAUUAGAGUUGCUUCUGUUUCCAGAUCGUCCCUUUGAUGGAUCUUUUCCAUCAACUGCAGGAGGCCACCCAACGGAGGUCGGUUGUCAAAAGAAUAAGGCGAUUUCCUCCACUUCACCAACGGCAAACAGUGAGAAUGAAAAGCACACAGAGGAGAGCUCCUACACUGGGCCAGCAGCAAACAUGGGGAACUUUAUAAUCUCUAUCAAAAAUGGACUGGAUCGAUGUUCUGAAAUAGUUUCUCAAGUGGAUUGGUCUAGCUAUUCCAUCUGUAAGGUCCCACGGAAACUUCGAGAAAUAGAUCCCAAGGCCUACACACCCCAGGUCAUCAGCAUUGGCCCAAUCCACAAAGGCGCUGACCACCUGCAAUACAUGGAACUGUACAAGUGGUAUUUCCUUCGCUCCAACCUCGACCGUACCAAGCAUGAUCUAGAGCUUUACAUCAACGCCAUCUUGAAACUCGUGGACCGAACACGCAAAUUCUAUGGGUGGUCCUCCAUCAACCUCAACGAUCAAGAUCUCAUCAUGAUGCUGCUGCUUGACUCUUCCUUUAUCAUCGAAUUACUCUUGAUGUGGACCCAAGGGCUCACAGGCAAUGAGGGUAACCUGCUCUACACCGACCGUGUGUUACUCCCAUCGAUCCAAAGUGACAUGUUGUUGUUCGAGAACCAAAUCCCAUUGUUCGUCCUGGACAGCUUGUUCCCGAUCAUUGUAGGACCAUACUACAAAGGCGACUCAGUGAGUCAACUCGCUCUCGGCUUCUUCAACUCGGCCAUACCUGGACGCAUCAAGAAUCAAGGGACUCCGAAUACAGGAAAUAAGGAUGUGGAUGGCCGGCAUCUUCUCGAUGUUAUCCGGCAAAGCCUCAUUCCAUUACGAUCCACACCGCCGAUGUCGACGCCAUCAUCAUCAUCAUCGCAACCCACUGAUGCACUCGUGGAUCAUCGCCACCCCCAUCUGAUGAUCCAAUGCGUCUCCAUGCUAAGUAACUCCGGUGUGAAGUUCAAGAAGAAGAUGUUGAGCAAAUUGACAGACAUUGAAUUCAAAGGAGGCGUUCUUGAGAUCCCACCGUUGGUAGUGGAUGACCACACCAAGCCCAUCUUCCUCAACCUGAUGGCCGUUGAGCAGUGCCACAGGGAAUACAGCGAUGAAAUCAGUUCCUACAUUGUUUUCAUGGACGGGCUGAUCAACAGCUCACGAGACGUUGCCUAUCUACAACAGAAAGGUAUUAUCAACCACUGGCUAGGGAGUGAUGAGGCCGUGGCCCAGCUCUUCAACGAUCUUUGUCGAGAGAUCAGUAUUGAUGACAUCAAUGGCUCUUAUCUCUCCAUCCUGUCAACCCAGUUGAAUGAUCAUGUCUCGCGUAAGUGGCCCACUUGGAGGGCAAUCUUGAAGCGUGAGUACUUCGGCCAUCCAUGGUCCACCAUAUCCGUCAUAGCUGCUGUACUCGUCAUUAUCCUCACGCUGAUACAGGCCUUUUAUGCUAUUCUAGCCUACCAUGCUGGCCCCUCUUAG